AUGCCCGCCGCCACAGCAACAACCACGUCCACGGUCGCGCCGCUGUCGAGACACGCCGCCAAGCUCGCCCAGGCCCCGCUCAAGCCCAUCCUCAAGUCCUCGCCCGCCCUCGGCAAGCGGAAAGCCCCCGACCAUGAGACUCUGCCCACCGACGGAAGCAUGGACGGGUCCCAGAGCCCCCGCAAACGCCAGAGGGUCGAGUUCGACAUGAACCUCGAGAUCCACGAGGUCGGCACCCGCUCCGUCGACGAGGUCAAGAAGGAGAUCGCCGACGCCCUCGACGGCCACGCCCGCGGCGACGAUGAGGAGUACGACAUCCUCAAGGAGACCCUCUCGGGCAAGCAGCACUUCUACGACGAGGACGAUGACGAGGACGCCGACCUGACCCUGCCAGAGAAGCGGCGCCAGGAACUCAAGGUCUACAUGGUCGCACUCGCCAGCUUCGUGCCGCAUCUCGGCAGGUCCGCGAGCGGCCUCGUCAAGAGCGUGCUGCAGUGCCAGUGGCUCGGACGCGAUGACCAGUUUGCCAAGGUCUAUACCCAGUUCCUGGCCGCCCUGGUCAGCGCCCAGGGGUCCUACUUGGAACAGGUGACGUUGUCGCUGGUGGACAACUUUGUGGAAUCUCGGCCCAGUGCCUGGGCGGUACCCGGCUUCCCUCCUGUCACCAAAGAGCGCAUGCAAGAGCGUAUGCAUUUGGCCUUGCAGUAUCUGCUUCAGGUCUUCCCUGCCGCCAACGCCGUCCUCGGGUCCGUCAUUACCAAGAAGUUCCCGUUUCAUGAUGAAUCCACACGGACACAUCUGGCCUAUGUCGAUAACCUCCUCAGACUCCGCCAAUAUGCCACAAAGCUCCGAACUGAUAUUAUGGAUCUUAUUGUGAACCGACUGCUGCAGAUUGAUGUUCAGAUGCAGACGGAUCUGGACGACUUGGACGAUGACAUGGGAGCCAUGGUCGCUCUGGCCCUCCAGAACUCCCAAGCGGCAGCUGCACUGCAGGGCGACGAUGACGACGAGAGUGACAUAGAGUCGACGGCCAGCGACGAGGAGGAAGAGGACGAGUUCGCCAAAGUCAAGGCUGUCAAGGAUAACAUCGAGAAGAUGGACGCCAUCAUGGACUCCCUCUUCGCCGUCAACAGCCCGUUAUUCUCGGACCCCGAAUCCGACCAGGCCCACGAGGCUUUCGUGGAGCUCAUCAAUGAGUUCUCCCACAUAAUCCUGCCUACCUACAAAUCUCGCCACACGCAGUUCCUCAUUUUCCACUUCGCUCAGAAAUCAGAAUACAUGGUCGAUGCCUUUUGCGGUACCUGCAUCAACAUUGCUUUCGAGUCACAGCGGCCUUUGGUGUUGCGGCAGGCUGCGUGUGCAUACUUGGCUAGCUUUGUGGCCCGAGGGGCCCAGGUCCCUGGCCACGUUGUCCGCACCAUCUUUACAGUCCUUGGGCACCAUCUCGAUCAAAUGCGCACCGUCUACGAAGUCACAUGCCGUGGCCCGGACGUACGCCGGUAUUCGGCCUUUUACUCAUUGACGCAGGCCUUGAUGUACAUCUUCUGCUUCCGGUGGCAGGAUCUGGUGCACUCUGUCCCCGACGACGUCGAUAGAGAGGACCCCUCCUCAUAUCUAGACCAAGACAUAGAGUGGGAGGCAGAUGUCAAAGAUGUCCUCCGGCGGAACAUCUACUCGAAGCUGAACCCUCUCAAGGUGUGUUCGCCUGCUAUCGUUGAGCAGUUUGCUUUACUCGCCCACCGCUUCCGAUUCAUGUAUGUCUACCCGCUUAUCGAGGCCAACAAGCGCCUACGACUAUCCCAAUUCGUCUCAACGGCAUAUGCGAACGGCGGAGCUCUUCGUGAGUCUGGGUUAGACCUCAGUGACGAGAGCUGGCAGCAGCUAGACUCCUUCUUCCCGUUCGAUCCCUAUCAGCUCCCAACGAGCAAGCACUGGGUUGAGCCAGACUACUUGCAAUGGAAGAGCAUCCCGGGCUUGAACCCCGAUGACUCAGACGACAGCGAAGAUGAAGAAGAAGUCGUCAACGAGGAAGACGUCGAAGAGGAUACCGCAACAGACGACGAGGUUGGUCUGGAUGAUUAG